UUCCACGAUUGGGAUCAGAAUUUUGCAAGAAAGAAUAUUUAACUCUCUCUCAUUAUUCAUGUGAGAGUUGUAACUGUUACUUCUUCACAUCGGCCCUUUUUCUCUCUCUCUAUCUAUAGAAAAUUUGCUCCGCCACCGGGGUCGGGCUCUGGAAAUGCUGAAGAGACAAGAGAGCUCACUCUCAUCGUCCCGCCGCCAGGCCGCCGCCGUCGCCGUCUCCACCACCCCACCGCCGGAAACUCAUCAUGCAAAAGGAGUCGGCUGCAUGUCCGGCAUCAUUCAUCUCUUCUCCAAGUACCAGAACCCCAACAAACGCCUCACAUUUGGCAGAAAGCAAGAAAAAUCGAAGCCGUCGUCUCCGGCAAAAGCCAAAGGCUCACCAAUCCCAGCGACCAAAAAUUCGGCCAAAGAAGACAAAAUUGAGAAGCAAACUUCUGACACGUCGAAGAGAGUACUAAAGUGCGAGGUUAAAGUCCUGAGAAGCCCCACGCUGCCGCCGGAGAUCAGGAAAUCAACCGCCGCGAGCUCGCCGGAGAAUGCUAGAACUCCGUCGUCAUUGGUGGCGAGGCUUAUGGGUCUGGAAGAUACCACUCCAGCCGCGAGAAGGCCGGCAUUUGAUGGAGAUCCCCUUAUAGAGAAGAGGCAGCGGCUGUUACAAGCUCUGGAAAAAUGCAACGAGGAUCUGGAAUCGCUGAAGAGGAUCAUCAAGGCGGUGCAGACUGCCGACGUCCGCAUUCAGCCGCCCCAUCCGGCGGCUCCCAAGAGGGGCCUUCCCAGCGCCGGAAAUGAUGCGAAACCAUGCAUUAAAAGCUGCACUUUCGUGACGGCGGAGGAGCAGAAUAUUCCGGCGGGUGAUUUAGCUCGUUCUCCCCUCCGCAACUUCUCCGUAGCACACAACACCACUAUUGCAGCAGGAGCAACGCGUGCGACGCCGCAACAGAGGAAGCCCACAGCGGCCAAGAAGCCCGGGGAGGACGACGAACCAAUAGCUAAACUACACAACCACCCCACAAUUAUGGAAUCAUCACUGCUGGUGAAGCGGCAAGCCGCGGCAUCGCGGUCUGUGCGGAGCAGCAGGGCGAUGGUUGAGAGCGUAGAAGAAGUGUGCAGGGACAUUGCAUGGGGCGAGAAGAGGGAGGUGGGGAGAAUAGGGCUGGUGUUGCAAGAUCAGCUGUGCAGAGAGUUGAUUGAGGAGGUGGUUAAAGAGUUGGUGAAACCUUCCCGCAAUGUGCAGCCGUUGCCGCUUGAGGCGUGCAAGAGGAGGCUCUGUUUCUGAUGUGGUCUUGGGAAUAUGGGAGUAGAAUUUGCAAGUUUUGUGGUUUUGUGUAGAGUGUGUUUGAUGUAGGUGGAUUUUAGGGGAAUAAUGAUUUGUAUCGAGUAGAUUGUGUGUGUGUCAUUUUUUUUUUUUUUUUAGGAUUCUUUGU